UUCACGAAAGGAUCAGGGUACUGACGAUCAAAAUGGCUUCGUUUGGCGAUAAUAAGUUCGUGAUUUGUGCCGGAGUGGCCGGAGUUUUAGGAGCAGGAGUCUUAGGUUAUGUGUUGGGAAGAAGAGGCAAGAUGCUGUCUGCAGAGCAAUAUUUUAAUGUCAAAAGCCACUACAACGAAGGGAAAAAUCCGGUCAUGAAUUACGUCCUUCAACAUUCUUUGAGGGAACCACAACCCUUGAGAAAGCUGAAAGAGGAAACAUUGAAGUAUGGGGUGCAAACCAGAAUGCUUGGUGCAGCAGAAGAAUCUCAGCUUUUUAGAGUUUUGUUUUCAAUAAUGAAUGUCAGAAAAGUAAUAGAAAUUGGAGUCUAUACUGGUUACAAUACUUUAAAUUUUGCUCUGAGUAUUCCUGAUGAUGGAAAAGUUAUUGCAUGUGACAUAACUGAUAAAUACUUUAAUGCGGUUGGAAAGCAAGUGCUCAAGGAGGCUGGAGUUGAGGACAAAGUUGACUUGCGCAUUCAAUCUGCUAUCCAAACGCUUGAUGAAUUGAUCRCCAAUGGGGAGGCAGGAACUUAUGACUUUGUUUUUAUUGAUGCUGAUAAAGUUAAUUACAGUGUCUACUAUGAGAAGUCUCUCCAGUUGGUGAGGAAAGGAGGCAUGAUUGCUGUUGAUAAUGUACUUUGGUCUGGUAAAGUGAUUCAAGAUCCUUCCACAAUGGAUGAAGACACAAAGGCUAUUCAUGAACUGAACAUGAAGAUUCACAAAGAUGGCCGGGUCAAUUUGGUUAUGCUGCCUUUUGCAGAUGGUGUCACCCUAGCCACAAAAAACUAAAGGAAAAACUGUGUAGGGAUAUGAAAUAAAAAAUAAUUAUCAGCGUAAUAAUUGAUCAUAAUAAUUAUUAGGUGCCUGGAUGUCUUAAAUAUUAAAAGAGAUUAUUCAUCUAUAUUAAUCUAUGUUGUUGAUGAUUACUAAAUGAUUAUCAGGGAUAGCUCCGAUAUCUAAUAGGAAAACUUUKAUAAAAUGGGUGAUAACUUAUCAUAUAAACACACUGAUAUCAAUUAAUUUUCUCUUCAAAAAAAAUCUGUUCCACAAAGAUUCUGUUUGGUUCUAUCUUCAUGUUUGAAUAUUUAGCUGGUUUGAGUUGUUUGUUCGAUGGAUUUGGACAAUCACCUCAACUGAAGAAAUGUUUAACAAAACAUAAAGUUUUCAAUUAAACUCUAAGUUUUUA